ACGAAAGAGACAAGAGAUUAUAACCGUAUUGUGUUGUAUUCACGCGCGUUUGAGAAAAACGCUAACGUUUUUGGAGCAGAGAAUUAGAAUUUUGAGCUCAAAGUGUUGAGGUAAGUGGCCCUGACAUGAAAAUUACGAGUGGUUAACAAAGUUAGCUAAUAUACGCCUACAUUAUGCAUGGAGAAUAGACUCGUUACAUCAAGCGGAAAGCAUCUUGCGCGCGAAGCUGGCUCGAACUAAAUAACUCAUUCCUGUACAUUAGACACGUUCAUAAUAUCGAAUAAAAUCAUCUGGCGUUUGAUGGAGUGCAGUAUCAAAUCAAUAUGUGAUCGAUACAUGAAAAGAGUCGAGAUAGUCUGAACAACUAUAUAAGUAACUCUCUCCCAUCCGAGGACUUUCCAACGGACAAGCUAAUAUAUAGUCUGUCAAAUAAAACUUGCAUGAUCAAACAUAAAUUGUAAAGGUAUACAGGUAUUAUAGUAGUACAUCAAAUCUAUUUAGUACACAAAGUAACUUUUCGACUUUUCUACAAAUAUAAAACAUUAAAUGAAAUAAGCUUGGCAAAACAUGCCGAACAAUAUUUAAAAGAUUAUUGAAGGAUAAACAUAUUAAGAUUCAAAUAGAUAUGGCAAAAUUUGUGGAAAACCUUCACAACAUCAUUGUUUAAAACUAAGCUGAUGCCAGCCUGAUGUAAUAUACUGUAUGAUAAUUUAAAAACACUUGCCACCAGAAAAUGAAUUUUACGCUAGCUGAAGAAUAAAUAUUUAAUAAGCUGUUCACAAAAGCUGUUGCCGUGGGACGCAGACAGUUUGUAAUUGGUUAUUUGUAGAGAAGUGAAAAUAUCUUUUUUAAAGUUAACCGCAUGAUCUCUCAAACGACGAAGCGUAAAAAUGGGUCUAUCACUCCCAAACAAUGAAACCGCGUGUUGGCAGGUAAUACGGAUAUAAACAACGGGAGCUUAUUCUAGAAUACUACCUACACUGGACCACCACGUUUGAGAUAUCUUUUUCAGGUAUAGCUCAGAGCCUCAGACACAAACCACGACAGUUUAUUGUAGAAUACUACCUACACUGGACCACCACGUUUGAUAGAUCUUUUUCAGGUAGUUCAGACACAAACCACGACAGCUUAUUGUAGAAUACUACCUACAAUGAACCACCAUGUUUGAGAUAUCUUUUUCAGGUAGUUCAGACACAAACCACGGUAGCUUAUUGUAGAAUACUAUACCUACACUGGACCACCACGUUUGAGAUAUCUUUUUCAGAUAGUUCAGACACAAACCACGACAGCUUAUUGUAGAAUACUACCUACACUGGACCACCACGUUUGAGAUAUCUUUUUCAGGUAGUUCAGGCUUAUUGUAGAAUACUAUUCCCAAAUUGUUCUUCAUUUCAUAGGGUAAGAAUGGAUAUUGAGGAUAAUAAUGGACAAAGACACAGUCCACCAAAAUUACCCCCGAAGUCUAGGUUUAACGACCAGGAGUCUACGGCGGUACUCAGACUUUUAGUUAAACAAGAAAAACUGUUGAAAAAUAAAGAAGACAACCCAGCUUUGAAGCGAACACCUGAGAAAUCUACGAGACAUUUACCUCCAGUGACUCCAGAUCUCGGGGAGGGAGGGGGACAAAACAUGGGGACACAGGAGGAACUGGCGCAUUAUAGACAUCUACCAGCCUGCAUUUCAAGUGAAAGGCCUGCUUCUGCAGGUGGAAUAUAUCAAAGUGCAAAGUUGGCAAGAGCUAAAGAGAGGCCUAAAGGUUCUUAUGGACGUCGCCAGCAGCAACAACAACAGCAGCAACAGCAACAACAACAGCAGCAACAGCAACAGCAGCAACAGCAACAACAACAACAGCAGCAACAACAACAGCAACAACAACAAACAGAAACCACGUCAAGAUCACAAAGCAGGAGGCUGAAAGAACGUGAAAGAUCGUUUUCUUACGAAGAGACUAUUUCAAAUUUAAACGAACACACACUAAAAUUGAACGUGAAAACACCUAUAUCACGCACGCGUAGUUGCCCUGUUAAUUACGAAACACAUAUUCCUCCAAUUUCUCAGAACAAAAAUUCAAUGCGUUGGAUUAAUUCCAGUUCAACGAACUCUGUUAGCAAAUUCAACCUUAAAAGCGGACAGUUUUAGAACUAACAACUGUAUUUUUAUAUUUCAGCGUUGUUAAAUAAACAAACAUAUACUGAGCAAAAAAUAU